GAGGGAGAGGAGGAGGAGCUGGAUGAGACGUGGAAGGUCCUGGACCAGGACCUGCGCUCGCUGCGUUCCGAGCUGCUGGAGCCCGAGCUGCUGCACCUGGCCGCCCAGCCGGCCCGCUUCACGCAGCUGAGGGAGGAGUGGCGGAGGGCGGCGGCACCCCGGCAGGCGGCUGAGCUGAAGGAUGUGCUGUCAGAGAAGGGAGUCACCCUGGUGGCCACCCUACAGCCCCGAACAGUCGCCCUGCACCUGGCCGGCAAGAUACCCGGCGAUCCCGCGGCACUCGCGCGCUGGGCCGAGGAGGCCAGGAGCAUGCGGGCUCGGGUCAAAGAUGCCGCCGCCGCCAAACGUGCCGCGGAUAAGGCCCGAGAACGAGCCGCCAAGCGCGGGGAUGAGGAGGGGCGCGCCGGUGCGCGGGACGAUGGCAUGAGCGGCGCGGGGCGUGUUGCCUUGCGACCCGGUCUGGUGGUGAGUGCAGAUGAGGCGGAGGAGGUGGAGGAUGACGACACGCUGGUGAUGCUGUCACGAGGCGUAGCUUACGCGGCCAGCCGGGGGGUGGAGCCGCUGGUGAAGCGGCUGUACCAGCAGGCACUGCUGUACGUGCCCGAGCGGGCGGGUGUACGGCCGCCGUUGCACACGCUGGUCGUGGAUUACUCAGCGGUCUACGGCACGGACUGUCCCGCUGUGGACACCAUCGUGCUGUGUGAGGACCUGGCGGCGGUCAUGAGCUGGGAGGACCACCAGCAGUUCAUGGGUCGCCUCCGUCGCGACGGUACGGCAGUGUAUCCGUCAAUGGAUCGUCUCCGGCGUGCCGUACUGGGGGGCAGCUCGUCGUACUGGGAGGAGCAGCGGCGGCGGCGGGCGGGGGAGCAGCGGCGGCGGGUGGAGGAGGUGCUGGCGAAGCACGUGACGGCGGCGGCGGCGGGCGCGGCAGACACGACGGCGGCGGCGGCGCGGGAGCUGCUACAGCUUGUACGACCGGCGGAGUUCCCUCGUGCCGCCGUGGCGGCGCAUGUGCUGACGGCGGCGCUGAGGGAUCUGGUGGCGCCAGCUGACGGCGGCGAUGGAGGCGGUGGCGACACGAGGGCUCUGCUGGCGGCGGCGCUGCGACGGCUGAAGCAGUGGGGCGGACUCAAGCCGCUGAAGCUGAUUGAGAGGCUGCGGCUGGAGCGGCCGGCGGAGCAGCGGCUGCUGGUGGCGGCGCUGCAAGCGCUGUGUCUGGGAACGGGCGCCGCCGCCGCCGCCAACGCCGACGGCGACGGUGAUGGUGCGGCAGACAACGCUGCUGGCGGCGAGGGUGCGGCAGUGGGGGUGACACAGCGGUACCUUCCGUGCGCCGCCCGGCUGCUUCAGGAGCUAGCGAAUGAGGACGUAGUGGAGCAGGCGGCGCUGAGCCUC